UUGAUUUCCAAUAGGAACUACGCUAUCCAGGUGAUUUAUGUUGAUAGUAGAAAAUGUACUUUUGCUAAGUACAGAGAAGUCAAAAAAGAGAUUGAACUAAAUAGUGGUGGAAAAAUAACUUGGUGGUAUAUAUAAAUACAUAAAAUGGGUUCUGAGAUAAGCUUAAUAUCUCAUUACAAAAUUGGACAGACAAUUCCUAUUGAUUCAGAUCUAAAAGUUUGUAUGGCUUCUGCAACUCAUAUUCACGAUGGAAAAAAAUAUACCACUUUUCAGUAUGAGAAAGAAAAUGGAAAAGUUCCUGAAAAUACAAAUAGGCAUUUAGAGUCUCUCAAAAUCAUUAGACAUCCAUACAUUCUGAAAUAUGUUACUUCUUUCGACAGUAGCCGGAAACAUGCAACCCUUGUUACAGAACACGUGAUUCCAUUGGAUGUGGCUGUUGAGAAGCAAGAGCCUGAAGAAAUAUUUUCUGGUCUGCACAAUAUUCUAGAAGCCCUUAUUUUUCUUCAUGAUAAGGCUUUGAUUUGUCAUAACAAAGUCAGUGUAUCUUCUGUGUUUGUAAGUGACGAUGGAAUAUGGAAAUUAGGUUCCUUUGAAUCAUCAACAAAGGUACUUCGGCUGUCAAAACAAAGUUUUGAAAAUGACAUUAUAGGAUACAAAGAAUUUUGUUUGAGUGUACUAGAAUAUUUAAAAGAUGAUGCUCAAAACACAAAAAAUUUUAUCAACCGAUUAGAGACAGAUUUUGGUGACAAGGAAAAUAUUGGUUCUUUGAAAAGUCUUUUAAGUGAUUCUUUCUUUAAAUUUCCAUUUUUAAAGACUUAUCAUGACCUUCAGAAUAUAACUCUAAAGUCUACAGUUGAAAGAGAAAUUUUUUACAGCACUUUAGCAAAACAUUUACAAACUUUUCCUCCGUAUGCUGUUAGUCAUCGAUUUGCACCAUUAUUGUUUUCACAUUUUGUCUUAACUGAUCCUUCUGCUGAUAAAAGCUUUUUAAAACAUUUAUUUUGUGCUGAUGAUUCUGCUGUCCCAAAUACAUACCCUAUUUAUGGUGCUGAUAAUUUUAAAAAGUACUCAUUGCCUUUCAUUUUAUCAUUAUUUGAAUCAAGAGAUGCUGCAAUCAGAUUAAUCCUUCUCAGAUAUUUUUCACUUUACUGCUUCUCUAUUGAAAAAGAAACUCUUACAGAUGUUGUUUUACCAGAACUGGUGAUUGGUUUAAAGGAUUCAAAUGAUGCAAUUGUGGCUGCUACAUUUCAGGCAUUAGCAGCUUUGGUACCUUUACUUGGAGGAAAGACAGUUGUUGGUGGUCAAUUUUAUAAAUAUUUCUAUGAUAUGAAACCAGAUUUUACUCGCAAUGCAGAUGACAGUACACUUACAACAAGCCAGGUUUUCCUGAUGCAUAAUUCUUUUGAACAUUUAAAUUCAUCAUCAUCAAUGGAAAAGUCUGAUGACUGCAUAGAAAAAAAGAAACAACAACGACUGGAAAGAGAAAAGCAGCGAGAAAAUCAGAAAAUUAAAAGAGAACAGCGCAGAAAACUACGCCAUGACAGUUUUCAAACUAAAAUUAAUCAAUCCACUGAAAUUGAAGGAGAUGAAACUGCUAAAACUGAAGGUAAUAAAGAUGAAACUGGUAAUCAAUCAGAUCCAGAUUGGGAAGGUUUUGAAGAAUUUUCAAGCAGCGGAUCUGAUUCAAGAGAAGAGAACAAAAGAGAUCCGCAAACAGAAGAUCUUACCGAAAAUAAUUGGAAUUGGGAUAAUGAUAAUCAAAAAAACAAUACUAAAUUUAGUCAUCUGAAUUCAACUGAUAUAAGUUCUAAAUCAAAUCAUCAUAAUAAUGCUUUAACAUUAAAUUCAAAACUAUUACUAAGCAACCAGUUACAGCCAGACAAUUCUUUUACAGAGUCGUCAUUUCAGCUCGAUACUUUGCACUUACCAACAAUUAUUGGGAAUGAUGGCAAUAUUCAAACUGUACAAACAAAAUCUAUUGAGAAUGAUGGCAUUAUUCAAACUGUACAAACAAAAUCUGAAAAAAAUAUUUUUAAAAACAAUACUACAAUAAAUAAUAAUUCAAUAAAAGAAAAGAAUCUUAAAAAAGAUUUAGGAAGUGAGUUUGACAUCCAAGUGUUGAAUAAACUAGCAGAACCAGAUUAUUUUGUUGAUAUGGUUCCAAAUUUUAAAAAUGAAAUAAAAACUGUAGUUAUUGAUAUAAAUACUGUUCCAACUGUUAGUUCAAAAUUUGCAGUUACCGAGAUACUUCAGGAUGAACCAACUGCUUGGGAUGAUGAUGGAUGGGGAAGCGAAUAGCUAUAGAUUUUUAUUUUCUUUUUAAAUUAAGAGUGUAAUUUUUUAUUAUUUUUUUAUUUGUCAUAGUUAUUAAUUUAUUUUUGAUUGUAAAUAAAUUUUAUUGAUCACAAUGAAAAGAUUUUAACAAAAUUGUUUAGGUUUUGAUUUUUAAAUGUAUUUCCA